GGCAGAAACCACGGAGCGCAUUCGUGCAAUCUGGCACAGAAGAACUAACCCUAUCACUCCCUAUCGCCCAGACGCAUGGGACAGUAUACUGCACAGUUCCGGCCUCUCCGUUAAAUAUCCUCACUUGGUACACUGCCUCCGUUUCGGUUUCAACAUUGGUAUCCCACGUCUUCAUGCUACACAUUGCCCCGAUAAUAGCCCUACCAUCAUACAGCAGUCAGCCAUCUUCCUGGGCAUCGUCGAAGAGGAGCUGCGCAAGGGGAGAUACUUGGGCCCUUUCUCGCAACACGACCUCGAAGUUGCUAUUGGCCCUUUUCAGUCAUCUCCGCUCUCGUUGGUUCCAAAGCCGCACAAGCCAAAUGCCUACAGACUGGUACAGAAUUUCUCAUACCCACACUCGUCGCGCGCGGGAUACAUGUCCAUCAAUCAAAUGCUACAACCGGAUGAUUUUCCUUGCACAUGGGGCACCUUCACCGCCAUGUGCCUCCUCUGUGUACGCCUCCCUCCGGGAUCACAGGCUGCGGUCCGCGACGUGGCCGAAGCCUAUCGCACGAUUCCCCUGGACCCAUCCCAGUGGCCUGGUACGGUUGUCCGCCUGUCCGACAACGACCAAUUCUUACUCGACACGAAUGCAGCCUUCGGAGCUGGGCCGAAUGGUGGUGUGUACGGUCAUGCGGCAGAUGCCGGAGCAGACAUCAUGCGAUCACAAGGACUGGGCCCCAUCACAAAAUGGGUUGACGACCACGUUUUCUUCCGAAUCCUGCGAGAAUUCAUUGCUGAACACAACCGUUCCCGCGAACAGUGGCGUCUACAGAUCGAGUAUCACGGCGGUGCACACCGUGACGGCGGGCGCAUAUGGCAUGGUGGCGAUCGUCUCCCCGAUGGCCGCGUCGACGAGUUUGUCGAAGACAUGCGUUUUCCCAUACGAGAUCUGGCAACCGCGUCCAUUCGAUCUCCCGAGGACGCGCGAUACUCGUGUUGUAUGGCAGACAUUGACACAAUCUCUCAGGCCCUGGGGAUUCCCUGGCAAGUCGAAAAGGACAUCGCUUUCUCACACGAGUUCCCCUUCACAGGCUUUGUGUGGAACUUGGAAACACUCCAGGUCUCCCUCCCACCCGCAAAGGCCGAAAAGUACAGACAGGCAAUCCGCGACUGGCAGUCGUCGCGAACGCACACUCUGGAGGAGGUCCAAAAGCUAUAUGGUAAGCUCCUCCACGCCUCGAUGGUGGUCCCUGCAGGGCGAUGUUACCUCACUGAACUGGAAUCCAUGCUGGGCAUCUUCCACGACCGUCCUUUCAUGCCUCGUACCCCUCCUCGAGGAACUCCCGCGGACCUGGACUGGUGGUACACUACCCUCUCGCAGCAACCCAUCGCCCGACCCAUCCCAGCCCCCCUCCCAGUCACGCGAUUGGAGGCCUACUCCGACGCAAGCUCCGGGACCGGAAUUGCAAUUGUCAUCGGAGACAGGUGGCGAGCAUGGACCCUUCGGCCGGGCUGGAACAGAGACGGGCGAGACAUCGGCUGGGCGGAAGCAAUCGGCUUCGAACUCCUGGUACGUUGCUUACUCGCCUUCCCCAGUCUCCCGGAACGCGUGCGCGUUUUCGGAGACAACACAGGUGUGGUCGAUGGCUGGAAACGAGGACGGAGUCGGAACCGAGCUGUCAACGAGGCGUUCAAGCGCAUCCAUAGCGCGAUGGUGGGAUAUCCCACCCAAUUCUUCGUCAGCUACAUACCCAGCGGACACAACCCGGCAGACGACCCAUCUCGAGGCCACUACCCACCAAACCACCUCCUCCUCCCUCCAGUCGACGUCCCAGAAGUCGUCCGCCCGCUUAUCGACGACGUCAUCGUGGACGGACCUAAUCGGUACGAUCACGCCCAUUCGUCCCAACUCCCGAAACCCAGCGGAAGCAAGCAGCUCGGACUCACCAGUAUCAACGCUGCAGAGGACGGAACACAGGACGAGGAUGACACCUUCCUCCGACACUUCUCUGCCUGGACCGAGUAAUGCGCGGCGCAAUGCACCAUUGCCCCCGACGCGCGUCUCGACAGCAACACCGCGACCAUACCCAGCGCACCUACAACUCGCACCAUCGACACGACGCCCGCACUGCUUGGCACAUGACCGCAUCCGUUUGUGGCUCCCAGCAGCUUCGCAGCGACAAGCCACGGACAGCCAAG